UUCUCUUUGCAUGUAGUAAUCAGUAGUAAUGCGAAGCGCGGAGCUCACAUGGCAUACGUGGCUUGUGCAUGUGUGCGGUUCUUCCAUUCCUGCUGCUGUUGUUGCGUCUCAAAUCUAGCGACACUGUUCCGCGCUUCCGUUAACUUUGAAUAAAAUAGAGCGUUUUGGGUCGUUUCGUUUUGGAUAACCGUAACCUUUCUAUACAUUUAUUUUCCCUUCUGGGCUGUUUUGACGAUGUUAGGAUGCUCGUAAAAUAUUUAAAUAAUUGAAACGUGUUUUUAAAAAUUUUUGAAAGAUUUUUUGUUGAAAAAUUCAAAAUCGUUAAAGACAAAUAAAUUUGUAGUAGUAGAACUCAACGUCGAGUCACACAGAGAAUUUUCUCUUUUGAUUACAUUUUCAAUAACGACAGUGAUAAAGACGGCCAGAUAACGGCCAAUACUUACCGAAUUGCGCGUGUGAGAUGUUCGUAACAUUAUUCCCGUGUUUUUCUUCUGGUGCGACGAGAAAGCGUAUACGAGAAUGUGGAACCUGGACACAUAUAAACUCACGCACCCGGAGUUGCUGUCAGAGCACCAGCUUCGUUUGAUUUUGGAAAAUAGUUGCAUUGACUUUUCCAAUUUUGAGAAUUUGGGUAAAACUAAACUAUUGGAAAUGUAUAAACGAGUUGCUAUGCCUUUACCUCAGCGGCAGCGUGGGAAUGUUAAAGAUGUAGAUAUGGAUGUAACACCAGAAAAAUCUAUUACAGAUAUUAGUGAUAACGAUAACUACAGUUUAACUAUGGGAUCAAACAAAGCAAAUAACAGAAUGUCCCAACUAUCUCAUCCUCAAACAGAUAAAUUAAAGUAUCCUCUUAAUGAUCAAAAACUAGUACAUAAAAAGAUUCAAUUAUGCUCUACGUCAAAAGUAGAAACUGCAUGCAAUGGAAUUAGCAAACGCAGAUGCGAUGAACAGAAUGAGGAAAUAUUGGCGAAAAAACGUCAGAAGAUUACAUGGCCAUAAGCACAAA